CCCGGGGGCUGGCCCCGAGCAGCGCGGAGUCGUUAGCAGGACUGGAGGAAUCCUGCCCCGCAGGAUGAACCACGCGGAAAACCCAAGCACCACCGUCACCGAGGAAAGCUGCAGCCGGGACGUGCGAGCGUGGGGCCAGGGGGUCAGAGGCACGAAACACCCACGUGUGAACGGAAGAAACCGGCUCCAUACACAGCAGAGGGGCCGCCCCAGGGCCCAGCCUGGACCGACGUGACAAGGGGGAUCCCCCGGAAGCGCGGUGAUGGGGGAUGAAGCAAGGCUUCCUGGCGCAGCCUGAAGACAAGCCCGGCCCCGGCACAGGUGUGGCGCAGGGGGCCGGCAGCACCUUCUGCCCUGGGCUUCCUGGAGGGCCGGGAAGGCUGCCAGGAGGCUCCGCACAGCUCCUCUCCACCCUCCUGCCCUGCCCACGCCCUCGGCCGACCGGGCAGCCUGGCGCGCGUCCCAGCCCGGCUCCCUGACUUAGGGAGCCCCCUUUUCUUCAGCAAACGGAGGAGACGCCACAGGGAGCCCCAGUUCCCGGGGAACCCAUCACUUAGAGACAUGUCUGGAACGUGACGGCGCCCAUGCUGAGAAAUACAAUUUCUAUUUUUAACUUUUAUCCUUUAAUUCCAUUUUCUUGAGCUUUUUGAAGCCCCCUCCUGCCCUACUUCUCGUUGAGCCAGUUUGAGCCGGUUUGAGCAGGCUGUGGGUUUCCUGGGCUCUGCUCAGGUGUCCUCCGGCUACAGUAUGGAGAACAGAGAUGAGACUCGCGCUUCCCCGUCUCAGAACUCACUGUGGGCAUCGACACGGUGCGACCCCGGCACAGACAGUGCGCACGGCCAGCCCGCGGUGCCGGGACAACCACACAGCCACGUGCAGGUGAAGCCGGAGCCCUGCCUCGCACCGUAAAAGACAUUAGCUGAAGAUGGACCCAGGGCCUACAGGAAAGAGCCCAGCACGUACAACAUUGGAAGACAACACGGAACAAAUCUCCUGACCUUGGGUUUGCAAAGGAUUCUUAGCUACACGACCACAAGUUCGGACGACAAAAGGAAAAAUAAACUGAACUCCACGAAAGUUUAAAGCUCUGUGUCUCAAAAGAAGCCUGGAGAAGGUGAAGCGGCAGCCCCGGGGCCAGGAGGAAACAGCCGCCCGCCCACCCACCCACCCGCACGCGCAGACAGAACCUGCAGCCACGCCUGGGGAGACUCGCGCCAGCACCACGGCAAUGCAGAGACGCAGAGACUCGGAACAGAGUUCCUCCGAGCGAGACCCGCACGCUGCCAGCGAGCGAUGAAAAGACGCCUGGUCCAUCCGUCAUCGCCGAGACGCAAGCCAAACCACCGGAUGCCACCGCUCACCCACUCAGCAGCUCGGUGCCGAGGUCGGACAAGAACAGACCGGGCGGGGCCUGGUGGGGCCGGGCGCUCCUCACGAUGGAGGGCAGGUGCACGCGUGCUCCAGAAACUCCCGUGUCCCCGGCCCCAGUAACUGCAUUACGUGCCAGAGCCAGAAGGUGGACGCGACCCAAACGUCCAUCCGCUGGUGCCCGGGGGACACAGCACUACAGCACUCAGCCGCGAAAGGGGAUGGAGCCGACACGCCACAACACGGAUGAACCCUGAGGACAUCAUGUGACAAGGAGAAGCCACACGCAAAGGGCCCCACGCUGCGUGUCUCACACAAGCGCCCAGAACAUGGAAACCCACAGAGAGCCAAGUCCACUGGCAGGGUGGGCAUGGGCCUGGCCAGGAAGCUGCAGCUUGGGGCACCCCGUCCCACAUAGAGCCCCUGGGUUCCAGUCCCAACACAGCUGCCUGCCAGUGCAGACCCCAGCAGGCAGCGGGACAGCUCAGCGGUCCACGCCACCCACACGAGAGACCCAGGUUGAGCCCCCAGCUCCACCCCCGGCCUAGCCCUGGCCCUCGUGGGAUGCCCAGGGAACAAGGAGGUAAGAGAGGGGUCGGGCAUGGGCAGGGCAGGACGGAGGGCUCCUCGCAGGGGACGAAAUGCUCGGUGCCGGCUGUGUGGACGCUGGCACACGCCUGCACACGCAAAGCCACGGGAUCACCCACUUUCCAUGGAGUUCCGUGGCCCGUGGACUCUGUGGAGCUGCGAGGAAGACUCCAGUUUCCUGAACCACACCGUCCCGAAAGCUUCGUCUGCAGGACUUUCAGUGAGGUUUUUCAUGUGUUUCUUUGAUGAAUGCCAUUCACUUUUUAAACUCACUUUAGUUAAGAGGGAGAGAAAACACUUCACUGGGCCACUCUCCAAAUGCCCACCACGGCCAGAGCGGGGCCAGCGCCGAAGCCGAGAGCCGGGAAACCAAGCCAGGUCUCUCGGGGUGGUGUCGCCGCUGCCUUCCUGGGUGUGCGUGAGUAGGAAGCCGGAGCCGGAGCCGGAGCCGGAGUCGGGAACUGACAGCCCUGGGCUGUGAGAGGCGGGGGCUGAGGGUCUGUGGUCUUCCACACCAAGCAGGAACACGGGGUCACCUCUGCCGCCUUUCAAGGCGGUCACCAGCGCUUUCCAAGACACACAUUUGCUAAUGGCUGACCACGUCACAGGGUCACUCCCAGAUCUCGGGUGUGCACACCGAGAGCCUCUCAUCCUGGCCCCUCCUCAGAGAUGCUCGUGUGUGUGUCUGUGUGAGCCCCAUGCGUGUACAUGUGCUUCCCGUGUGAGCCCCGUGUGUCCCAUGUGCAUCUCAUGUAUGCCCUGUGUGCAUCUCGUGUGCAUCCAUGUGCAUCCUGUGUGUCCAUGUGUCCCUGUGCAUCCAUGCGUGUGCCCCGUGUGUACCUUGUGUGCUUCCCAUGUAUGUCCGUGUGCCCUGUGUGUGCCCCGUGUGUCCCAUGGGUGCCCUGUGUGUGCCCCUCAUGCACCCUGUGUACAUCCGUGUGUGUCUCAUGUGCAUCUCGUGUGUACCCCAUGUCUGUGUGCCCCAGGUGUAUCUGUGUGUUCCCCGUGUGUACCUUAUGUACAUCCCAUGUAUGUCCAUGUGCCCUGUGUGUGCCUCGUGUGUCCCAUGUGUGCCCUGUGUGUGCCCCUCAUGUACCCUGUGUACAUCCGUGUGUGUCUCAUGUGCAUCUCGUGUGUACCCCGUGUCUGUGUGCCCCAUGUGCAUCCAUGUGUGUUCCCUGUAUGUACCUUGUGUGCAUCCCAUGUGUGUCCAUGUGCCCUGUGUGUGCCCCUCAUGCACCCUCUGUACAUCCGUGUGUGUCUCAUGUGCAUCCUGUGUGCACCUCUUGUGUACUCCGUGUGUGUCCGUGUGCCCCAUGUGCAUCCGUGUGUGUGCCCUGUGUGCACUUUGUGUGCGUCCCAUGUAUGUCCGUGUGCCCUGUGUGUGCCCCAUGUGUCCCAUGUGUGCCCCAUGUGUGUCCUGUGUGUGCCCCACAUGCACCCUGUGUACACUCGUGUGCCCCAUGUGCAUCUGUGUGUGUGUCCCGUGUGUACCUUGUGUGCGUCCCAUGUAUGUCCAUGUGCUUUGUGUGUCCCAUGUGUGCCCCAUGUGUGUCCUGUGUGUGCCCCACACAUGCACCCUGUGUAUAGCCCUGUGUGCCUCAUGUGCAUCCCGUGUGCCAUGGGUGUCCCAUGUAUGUCUGUGUGUGCCUCAUGUGUGCCCCGUGUGUGCCCCUUGUGCAUCCGGUGUGUGUCCCGUGCCCGCGGCUGACACUGAGCGCUCCCUCCCACGAGGCUCUGAGUCACAUCCCACAGGCAGUGAGUGCCCACCGCACGGCCGGCUCCCAACACGCACACCUCACGGGCAAGACGACGCACGUUCAGUCAGCGGAUGCAUGCCGAGCUCCUGCGGGGAGCCGGAGCUGCAUCAGGGGAGGCAGGACAGGGACAGGGCUCUGGCGCCCACAGAGUGGACACCGAGGGGAGACCAGGCAGGCAGCAGCCGGGCCAGGACCCAGCAGGCCGUGGCGAAGAAUGCAGAGGGGACUGGCACAUUCCCGUGUGCUGACGCGGCCACCGCUGGAGGCCAGCAGGGCGGGGCAUGGGCAGCAGGGGGACGGCCCACGCGGCUACGGCUGUGCGCGAUGACUCACUGCCGCCGGUGGCUCAGCUGCCCCUCCAGGAAUACGGCGGCGUGGCCAGGCACACAGCCGGCGCCUCUUUCAAGUGAGAGCUACAGAGCCAGGAAACACACCGGGCAGCACCUUCACCAGGGCUCACAGUGGGGACGACGCGCCGGGGCCCACAGACACCCCAGCCCCGGGACCCGACGGCGACGAGCUGGGCAGUAACGGCCCAGUGGGUUUUUCAAGGUUUAAGGGUUGCUUAUUAACUGGAUUUUUAAUGGAAGGCUCGAGGGCCAGCUCAGACCGCCAGGUUCUCACGGUGGGAGGGGAGGCGACGGGAGGGGCUGCCCCUGAGUGGUGGGGGUCACCGCUCCCCAGACGGGCACAAGGGAGGGGCCAGGGCAGGGCCGGGGGGCAGCGCUCCCGGGACCAGAGUGUCCUGGCUGGAAGGGGUCAGGGGCCUCUGGUCACUGCUGAUUCACACAGAGCCCUGGCCAAGGAGGGGGCGGGGCUUCGGGUCAUGCCCCCGCGACCCUCCAUGGGGAGCAGGUGCCCCGCCCCUUGCCUGGGCCCCUAGCCGCGCUGGGCCAGAGCUCUGCACCGCAGACUCAGUGUCUGCUGCUGGCCCUGGAAACGGGGCGGCAUCGGGGACCCCGGGGUGGGGACCACCCCUCUGUCGGCUGUCUUGUUUGGAGAGAGGAGGAGGAAGCAUAGGGACUCACACCGCCCCUGCCGCCUGGAAGACGGGGGCGUACAACACCCACUCUCGUUUCCAGCCGUAAACCCCACAGGCCCGCUCCCACGCCCCCACCUGCCUCGAGCCGGCUCCCGGCUUCCCGGGUGCACCGGCUGCGGGCCUGGCCGGUUUCCUCGGAGGGUUUUCUGUUUAUUCACGGUCUGAGCUCUCACAAGCUGAGGACGUCUGUCUGCAGCUGUCAUCUAAUAAAGCAGCUUCAGGCUCCCAGGCCCUGCGCCUGGGCCACCACCCGCCCCGCCAAGCGGCCAGGAGCCAGGGUCAGGGACCGGGAGGGUGAGCUGGGGCCAGGACAGUCGUGCGCCCAGUGGUAGUGCCAGGCCACGUGCCGCCCGCCCGGUGUCGCCAGCACAGCCCGGGGGUCCAGCCGCGCCCCACCAGCCCCUGGCUCUGGCCACCGGCACAGGGCCGCAGCUCCGCCCAGGGCCUCAGGAAGUCGUUCAGACGAGCCCUUCAGUCCAGAGCCAGACGCUAAUGCACUUAACAGGACGGUGCUGAGCCCGCGGGGGCGGCCGCUUCGGUGUUCCGAGUUCCACCCAAACGCCAGGCAGGAGGACACGGCUCCCUGGCAGCCCGGGGCCCUGCUUCCUUCACACGUCCCGUCCAGAUCAGCUCCCCGGCGGCCAGAGCCAAUCAGACAGACCUGUCAGACCUGGGCCACCGCCAGGGGGAGCCACAGACCCCUUCGCCAUGUCCUUCACUGGGAAGGGGCGUAACCAAGGCCAGCAAGUCUUUCUCCCCUGGCACCCAGAGCCACCUGCCACUAAGGGCCCCAUGGAGGCCAACCCGGGGUGACACGGGACCCCCAGCCACAGCCGCCUGAGACUCCAUCCGCCGGGAGCACCCAGCUCUGCCGGAUCCACCCCAGCCUGGCUGCUGCACCCUCCCGGGGCUCCUGAGAGACUGCCCUGCCCCUCCCCCAGGCCACCACGGAUGCCACGGUGGGUGCUGAGACACGGACCCUAGAACUGAAAGGUCCAGGGCCCUUGGCACAUCCAGGGUAGGAAAUGGCCCGUGUUAUCACUCCCUGUGCGGCUGCGGGAAAAGGGGUCCACGUCCCACCCACGAUCAACCCGAGAUCAGGCGGUCACCGCGGAGGGCUGGGGGCAGCAGGCGGAUCUACAGGCUGCCCGGCAGCUGCCCUGCAGCAGGCUCCGCGGCCUGGGCGGGCAGUGGCCGACGCGCUCCUGGGUUCUGAACUCGGGCAGGCAGGACGCGGAACUCCCCCCGGGGCCUGCAGGGGGAGCGCCGCCUGCACCUCGAGCUUAGCCAGGGAGGCCUUGCCGACUCCACGCGGCAGAGCUGGAGAACAAAUGUGUGCUGUUUGGUGCCGUUUAGAAUGCGUGUUUAUUUAUCUACUUGGAAACAGAGAUUUCACUCAUCUGCUGGCUCACUCCCCAGUGCCCACGACAGCUGGGGCUGGAGCUUAGAACUCCAUCCGGGUCGCCCGUGGGGGCGCAGGGACCCAAGCGCAUGAUCCAUCACCUGCUGCCUCCCAGGGUGCAUCGGCAAGAAGCCGGACUACAGGCCGAGGAGCCAGGACUCAACCGGCACUCCCACACGGGACACGCAUGCCCCAGCAGCAGCGCAACCCACUGGGCUACGAUGCCUGCCCCAGAGGAGUGCUGUUCAAGCCACUAAGUGUGUGGUCACUUGUCACGACAGCCACUGCGUGUCCACGGCUGCCCCACUCCGUCACCAGCCUCCUGUGGGCAGGGCUGGGCCGUCGCCCCCGUCCUGCUGUGCCUGUUGGCUCCUUUUUCCUCUCCACGGUGCCGACACCCACACUCAUCCUGUCUUCCCGCCACAGGCCCCACGGACCUGAACGAUGGCCACGCGCUUCUCACGUGGGGCCUCGGGCAGCGGGCAGGGACGUGGCCCUGCCCCCAUCAGUCAGAGAGCAGACAUUUCUAUAAACUACAGUCGGAGGCCAGGCCAGCAGCUGCACACACCCCACAGAGCAGCCGUCACAUCCUGCUCAUCCCCGGGCAGCCACACCCAGCGGGUGCCUGCGCGUCCUCCCACAGCAGACAAACCCGCCAAGGCCACUUAGCAAGCAAAUCACUCCCUCUGGGAGAACUAGGGCCUGUGCCCCCACGCAGGGGGCUCAGCGCUGUGUCCUCGCCCCACCCAGAGCCACGCCCCAGCGUCCCAGGGAACCAGGAAUGCGAUGCGUGGCCAGGUGCAAACCCCAAGAUCCCACCCCACAGGGGUGACUGCCUGGGCCAGCAGCCCACAGCCCACGGGGAGGCAGGGAGGACAAGGGGACACAUAGCGUCCCCUGCACCAGAACCAGCCAGGCGGGCACCCAGCCCUGCCCUGCACUGGGAGAGUGCAAGAAAGAGUGCAUGUGUGCGAGUGUGGGAGUGCAUACUCGUGGGAGUACACACGUGUAAGCGUGCACUCUAUGCAUGCACAUGCACUACGUGUGCACAUGUGAGUGUAAAUGUGCCUUGUAAGUGUGUGCUGUGUGAGUGUGCAUGAGUGGGUGUGUACAUGAGCGUGCACUGUGUGUACACAUGAGUGUGCCUGUGUAAGUGUGUGCUGUGUGAGCGCACACUGUGUGUACACGUGAGUGUGCACGAGUGUACCUGUGUGUGUGCUGUGUGUGCGUGAGUACAUGAGCGUGCACUGUGUGUACACAUGAAUGUGCACGAGUGUGCCUGUGUAAGUGUGUACUGUGUGUACACGUGAGUGUGUGCGUGUGAGUGCGAAUGUGCCUUGUAAGUGUGUGCUCUGUGGGUGUGCAUGAGUGGGUGUGUACAUGAGCGUGCACUGUGUGUACUCGAGUGUGCACGAGUGUGCCUGUGUGUGUGCUUUGUGAGUGUGCAUGAGUACAUGAGCGUGCACUGUGUGUACACAUGAGUGUGCACGAGUGUGCCUGUGUAAGUGUGUGCUGUGUGAGCGCGCACUGUGUGUACACAUGAGUGUGCGCGUGAGUGCGAGUGUGCCUGUGCACGUACAUGCUGUGUGAGUGUGCAUGCAUUUGAGUGGGGGUGCACAUGAGCGUGCACUGUGUACACGUGUGAAUGUGAACAUAUGUGAGUGAGCAUGCACUGAGUGCAGCAUACACGUUGAGGCCGCCCAGUGGGGCUGGGGUC